AUGUCUUCAUUGACAGACCCAGAUGAUGAUCCACUUCAUUUGCAACGAAUCAUGUUUGAUGCUGGAGCGGGCACUUCGAAAUAUCAGUUGUUGCUUGACGUUCGCGCCACAGAGCAAGCCAAGUGGUCAGGUGCAACUAUUUCGAGGGACACCACCAACACCAACACGCAAGGUCCGAGUACAAGCUCUCAAACACCCUCCGCAUCAGUGGUUUAA